AUGUCUUCCUCCAAGCGACGACUAACGCGCAAUGACUACACCAUCGGCUGGAUUAGCGCCCUGCCGCUCGAGAUGGCCGCCGCGAUGGCCAUGCUCGACGACAGCCAUGCCCCGCUUCCCCAGCCCCGAGGCGACCAUAACAGCUACCACCUCGGCGAGAUCGGAACCCACAAUAUCGUCAUCGCAUGCCUUCCGACCGGCGUCUACGGGACUACCUCCGCCGCGAUCGUUGCAAAGCAGAUGCUCCUCACCUUUCCCUCAAUUGAGAUCGGGCUCAUGGUCGGCAUUGGCGGGGGAGCACCAAGAGAGGGAAUUGAUAUCCGUCUAGGAGACGUCGUUGUUAGCACACCGACCGAUCGGUUUCCAGGUGUGGUACAAUAUGACCUCGGGAAAACGUUGGCAGAUGGGGGUUUUCAACGCACGGGAACCCUGAACAAGCCCCCCGAGGCCUUGUUGACGGCUGUGUCCAAUUUGCGAGCACGGCAUAAAAUCCGCCUGAACAAAAUGUCUGCCUUCUUGAACAGCCCUCCGAGUACUGGAAACUCAACAAACGACAUGUUUACCUAUCUUGGCGCCUCUCACGAUGUCCUGUUCCAUCCGUCAUAUGUUCACCAAACGAAGGGCUCAUGUGCCGGCUGUGAUCGAACAUUUGAACUCAUACGUUCUUCACGAAAUUCCACAGCGCCCGACAUCCACUACGGUCUUAUCGCUUCGGCAAAUCAGGUCAUGAAAGACGGCCAGUUGCGCGAUAAGCUCGCUGCUGAAAUGGGGAUUCUCUGCUUCGAGAUGGAAGCCGCCGGUUUGAUGGAUCGCUUUCCUUGUCUGGUCAUCCGAGGCAUCUGCGACUAUUCAGACUCGCACAAGAACAAGCAAUGGCAGGACUACGCAGCCGCUACCGCUGCAGCGUAUGCCAGAGAGAUAUUGCUCUUGAUGCCGAAGACAAUUGCACAUUCGGGGUCCGGUGGUGCGCAGAGCAUCCGGUCAAAACUUCCCAUCUCAACCUCUGUCUUCUUUGGCCGUCAAUCUGAGCUCCAACAGCUUGACGAGCACUUUAGUAACUCAGCGUCGGCUAGACAGACUGUAACCAUAUGGGGCAAUAGUGGAUACGGCAAGACACAACUAGCCCUGCACUAUAUUACAGCCCAUCAGUCAACGUACGGGUUCAUACUGUGGAUUGAUGGUUCUUCGCUCUCGACGAUCGAACAGACUUUCCGGGAAUUUUCCGCUCAAUUAAGGCCUCAGUAUCAAAGUCAAUGGGGUAGCGGCCUAGUACUGGACUGGCUCGAACAAGAUACGAACCAGUCGUGGAUAAUGGUUUUUGACGGAAUUGAAAGUGGGGAUGAAUCUGACCAGGCUGACGACUUUGACAUACGUUCGUUCUUCCCUCGCUGCGCUCAUGGCCACAUACUACUUGUCACUACCUCUUCUGAUCUGCAUUUGCGACUGGGGCUUCCUGCCAUUCAUGUGGAAGGGCUCGAUGAACAAACCGGAGCAAAUAUGCUCUUGAGAUGCGCAAGAAGCAAAACUACAAACCCGGCUGCCGAACGCUCGGCUAGGUACAUAUCACGCAAACUUGGAGGUAUGCCACUUGCCAUAGAGCAAGCAGGGUCUUUCUUGUCAUACGGCCUGAUACCUCUGGGUGAAUACAACAAGGAAUUUGAAUCGCGGUAUAGCAACAUAACUCUAAAGACCCCUACGAGAAAGUUCAUGGGCUCCUAUGACAAGAACCGCACUGUUUGGACAAGCUUUGACAUGCUUUACUGUGUGCUAGAGGACAAGUGCCCAGAUGCUAUUCGGAUUCUUCACCUGAUUGCUUUCCUUGGACGAGGACGGAUACCGUUCGACAUCAUAUACGGCAAGCAAGUCGACCAAGGGGAUGUCGCAGAGCUCACAAACUCAAUUCCACCGAUUGUACCCUGGCUGACUAGUCUCCGCUCGGACGCCAUCAGGUUUGCGACGGUGCUUGAUGAGCUCGAGGUUACAGGAUUUCUCUCACUCUAUCGAACCCCAGAUGACAGUAUCAUCGACAGUGUUUCUUUGCACGGCCUAGCAUUGGCGUUCGUAAGAUCCAAAAUGACGCUGCAAGAGACGGUGGACAUGUCAGCUGCGUCAUAUUUCCUCAACGGACAGGGGCUUUAUGGUACUGGCUGCAAAACAAAUGAUUCUUUUUUGAUUUCACACAUGGCAAGAUUAAGCUACGUGCUCGAUCUUUUCUUGACUCACGUCCCUAAUGAGAUGAUCCAGCCGCCCAACGGCAGAUAUUUUGAGCUUUGUGCCUCAUUCGCCCACUUAUACGCUAGGGUAUGCCAAAGUCAAGGAAGGAUGGAUGCUGCGGCCGACCUUUGGACUCUUCUGCUGCAAGCCAGGUUUCUCGCGACUGGUGGAUGCCCACCUACAUGUGAAACGCACGUUCAGGACAUGAUGGAAGCCGCCGAGAUCAGUUACAGAGUUGGCAACCUCCACAGUGCAAUUGAAAGAUACUCGUUAGCUGUCACCUGGGCCGAGCAUCGGGGCUUCACUGAAACCGCCAUUCGAGCCGCUGGUUUCCUGCGAGAAGUUCGUGAGAAGGAGGAACUUCUUCAGAGAAAUGCCCAGCGAGCCAUCACUGCACAGUCAGCCCCGAAAAUGACUCCAGAAAGUGCCAUGUGUCCGCCAGAUUUGGAUGAUGAGGAAUGGGGGCUCAAGGCAGCGUACGAAGAAACAUUGAGUCUAUUUGGGCAGAACGACCAGGAGACUAUUGAUAGAGCCCAGGCACUGGCUUCUUACUACCAAGCCCAUGAUCGCCCCGCGGACGAGUCUUCCUUCCAAAGGAUCAUCUGGACUUACUAUAGCGAUAACUUCGGGGAGCUGGAUGUUCGGACCAAACAAUGUUUCGAGAGGCCGUGCGAUUGUUACGAAGCGAUCGACGCCCUCGGAAUCAAAAUCAGAGAGAACUUGGCCUUUGCGCGGUGUUGGGCAGCAGCGCUUGAGUCAAGAAAAUUGCGUGCGCUGCUUGAGUCGAUAUGCUCGCUCGACUUCUUGAAAGCUUACAGUGAUGGUAAAGACAUCAUAUACCACGUGCUCCACAUAGGUGAAGCUGAAAACCCUCAUCUUGCAUUCUACUGGGCGGCGUUGCAGCCAUUGCCUCUUAGAGGGGGAUUGCUGGACCACAUGAGGCUCUCAAGUGCAAAUGGUAACAACCUUUCCCUCUGCAAUGUGGUCCAGUUACCCUGGAGCCGCAGCGCGGUCAAGCUGUUAUUGCAAAUGGGCGCCGACGUCCACACCGAGAAUGACGAUGGCAUGACGGCCCUUCAACUCGCCGCCGUUGCACGCAGCACAUCAUGCCUCGAGACCAUGCUGUCGCAUGGCGUGGAUGUUUGCAAACCAAGCUCCGACGGCGAGACAGCCCUACAUCACGCCGUCUCCAAGGGCCACGCGCAGGGCUCACUCGCCGCUUGCAGACUCUUGCUUGAACAUGGAGCUGAUCCAUCACAGCGAGGUAGUUCCGGUAUGACCGCUCUUCAUAUGUCAGCAGUUGUGUUGGACAGCGAUGUGGUCAAGCUCCUCCUAGACCACGGUAGUUCUGUCGGCGAAACCGACGCUGCGGGUCGGACAGCCCUCCACAUCGCAGCAGAGCAGGACGACAUUGAUGUUGCCCAGGCUCUUCUAACGCGCAUCACCACCAUCGACCAGCUCAACGCCGAAGCAAGUUCCGCCCUCCUCGCAGCAGCCGCCGCAGGAAACUCCCAUUUCGUCCAAUUUCUGCUCGACCGCGGUGUCAGCGUCAAUGCAAGCGAUCAUUGGGAUUGUAGAGCGCUGCAUCUUGCCGCAGCGCACGGCCAUCCCACACUCGUUCAGCUUUUGCUUAGCCGGGGGGCAAGUAUAUUUGAUGUCGACAGUGAUGGUAAAACGGUGCUCCACUAUGCUGUUAGUACUGUCCACCAGGAGCACUAUCGUUCCAUGCCUGCUGGGCAGACAGAAGUCAUCGAGCUUCUACUUAACGAGCAAAUCGUCGGCACUCUAGGAACCCGCGCCUUGAUGCGCUUGGUGGAAUGCCGCGACAAUGCAGGCAGGACGGCGAUGGACGAAGCCCUGGCUUCCGGGAACACAGUCGCGUAUCAGAUUCUCCUUGAAGCUGCGAACCCCCGAGGCCGACAUUUUGACCGUCGUGAGAGGCUGGAACCGCUGAUUCUUGGUGUAUUGCAGGACACAGAGCUGAUAAUGUCGUCAAACCCCACCUCCAAGCCCGUCCUCGCCGUGAUAGGCGUCGGCCCCGGAAUCGGCGAAGCCGUCUCCCACCACUUCGCAAGCAAGGGCUUCGCCGUGGCUCUAAUCGCACGGACAGAAUCCAAGCUGGCCAAAAUCCAGCAAACCAUCAACGACGAUCUCGGCCAGAAUGCAUCAAAGUACUACGUCGCCGACGCGCGCUCCGAACCCUCCCUCCAAUCCACCUUCACCGCGAUAAAGUCCGACCUCGGCCCCGUCGCCGUGCUCAUCUACAACGCCGGCUCGCGCCGCUUCACACCGCGCACGAUCCUCGAGACCUCAAGUGACGAGUUCGAGAACUUCACGCGCAUCAACCUCUUCGGCGCUUUCUUCGCGGCCAAAUGUGUCCUCCCUGAUAUGCUCGCCAACUCCGGCGGGACGAUCCUCUUCACGGGCGCGACGGGCUCGAUCCGCGGGAACGCGGGGGUGUCGUCGUUUUCGCCGGGGAAGUUUGGGCUCCGCUCACUGAGCCAGAUUAUUGCGAGGGAGUUUCAGGCGAGUGGGAUCCAUGCCGCGCAUGUUAUUGUUGAUGGGCCGGUUGAGAGUGACCUUGUUGGUGGGGUUUCCAGCUGGCUUCCUUCUCAUGUCGCGCCGCCCCGUCCCCGUCGCCGACCUUCGCUCGUUUCCGACCGCUGCUGCACUGCGAUAAUGUGGUUUCGUUUCUUUUUGACGCUGGCUUGCCUUGCGUCGAUGGCUUCGGCCACGAUCAUGGAGAAUGGCCAGCCGCGUCUUGAUCCGUGGCCCGGGCAGCUGUCGACCAUCGACCUCGAUAGCAGUUGGCGGAGUUAUGAUGCCGAUGCGCCUGAGAUCUCUUAUAAGGGGAGGUGGGAUAGCAAACAUAUUUCUUGGUGGUCGUGUGUCUACUGUCUCUCCGCUCCCGCUCCUUACGUCCUCCGCUUCGUCGUUCACUCACUAACUCUCGUUGGUCCAGAGCACCGGGGCUCAAAUUACAAUUCUUGGGGAAGAAGGAUUGGAACGCUCGACUGGCUUUUUACCAAUGUCACCGCGGACGCGACGUACCAAUUUGUCGGAGAGGGAACACACUAUGAAGAGUUACCCGGCGAUGGAGACCACAUCUUUGAGAUGAGAGUCCAGAUCGCCGGAGCCUCCGUUGACGUCGACGACCACCUCACGAAACCGCCAGCGUUUAAGAGAAAAGUGGAAAUCAUCGGAGGAUCGCUCACGGGCGGUCAAUAUGCGACGUACGAGACGAUUUCGUCGUGGUCGUUUAUCUAUGCACAAGGGCUGGGAAAUGUUGAGUUUGGAAUCACUGCCUACCCUGGCGCAUGCCUGGUCGACAUGCAGUGCUACGGUGGAGGUGUGCACGGAAUGAUCUGGUACUGGCACCGCGCCUCCGACCCCGGUUCCCGCGCGCGCGACAUGUACGGCCAUGAGCCCGAGGAAUGGGACGUGACCGCCGAACAACCCGCCGACCUCGUCAUCAUCCAGAUGGGCGGCAACGACCAUCGCCAUCCGAACGAGAUCCCUGGAGAGAAUUUCUUCCAGGGAUAUGUUGACCUUAUUGAGAACAUCCACAAGCAUUGGCCUGAUGCGUCGAUUGUGAUUAUGACGCAAUGGGGCCUUUGGAACAAAGAAGACACCGAGUACGUCCAGACAGUGAUCUACGAAGAAGAGAUCCAGCGCGUCUACGAGCACUUCAAGGACCGCAAGUGGCGCUUCGUCUACCUCUUCCACACAGACGGCAUCCUCGGCCACAACGACAUCAACCCCAAGAACCACCCGACGGACGUCGGACAUAUCAAGAUUGCGAGCCAUCUGUUGCAAUGGACGAAUCUGAUGCUGGGCUGGGACCUGAAUCCCCGAGGCGAGAUGCAGCACGGCACGCUGUACUGGAACGAUAUGGAGCAAUAUUGA